ACGUCGAAAUUGUCUUCUUUGGAAAGAACCAUCCCCUCUUUGGGAUUCAGAGGCCCAAAUGGAGGUGCAAUGAUGAGAGGAUGUGGUGGUCCACUCUGAUGUCAAUCUUGAGGGCUAGUUCUUUUUGGAGGCGGAUAUCUGCUCAGACAGUAAGAAUUAUAAGAGCUCUGAGAGCUUAUUUUGAAAGAAUAAUGGAUGAACCAUCUCCCUUGGCCAAACCUCUGGAGCUGAAUCAGCAUUCCCGAUUCAUAAUUGGUUCUGUGUCUGAAGAUAACUCAGAAGAUGAGAUCAGCAACUUGGUGAAGCUGGACCUCUUGGAAGAGAAGGAGGGCUCUCUGUCACCAGCUUCUGUCAGCUCAGAUACACUUUCUGAUUUGGGGAUCUCUAGCUUACAGGAUGGCUUGGCCUUACACAUAAGGUCCAGCAUGUCUGGCUUGCACCUAGUAAAACAAUGUCGAGACCGAAAGAAAAUUGACUCACAGCGAGAUUUCACUGUGGCUUCUCCAGCAGAAUUUGUUACUCGUUUUGGAGGGAAUAAAGUGAUUGAGAAGGUUCUUAUUGCUAACAAUGGCAUUGCAGCAGUGAAAUGCAUGCGAUCCAUCCGUCGGUGGUCUUACGAAAUGUUUCGAAAUGAGCGUGCAAUCCGAUUUGUUGUCAUGGUCACACCUGAAGACCUUAAAGCCAAUGCAGAAUACAUUAAGAUGGCGGAUCACUAUGUACCAGUGCCUGGAGGACCAAACAACAACAAUUAUGCAAAUGUGGAAUUAAUUCUUGAUAUUGCUAAAAGGAUUCCUGUACAAGCAGUAUGGGCUGGCUGGGGUCAUGCUUCUGAGAAUCCCAAGCUCCCAGAGCUUCUCUUGAAAAAUGGCAUCGCCUUCAUGGGUCCUCCAAGCCAGGCCAUGUGGGCUUUGGGGGAUAAGAUUGCAUCUUCCAUAGUGGCUCAAACUGCAGGUAUCCCAACUCUUCCCUGGAGUGGCAGUGGUCUUCGUGUGGACUGGCAGGAAAAUGAUUUUUCGAAACGUAUCUUAAAUGUUCCACAGGAACUGUAUGAAAAAGGAUAUGUGAAGGAUGUGGAUGAUGGGCUGAAGGCAGCAGAGGAAGUUGGAUACCCAGUAAUGAUCAAGGCCUCAGAAGGAGGAGGAGGGAAGGGAAUCAGAAAAGUCAACAAUGCAGAUGACUUCCCUAACCUUUUCAGACAGGUUCAAGCUGAAGUUCCUGGAUCGCCUAUAUUUGUGAUGAGACUAGCCAAACAAUCUCGUCAUCUGGAGGUACAGAUCCUAGCAGAUCAGUAUGGCAACGCAAUCUCUUUGUUUGGCCGUGACUGCUCUGUACAGCGCAGGCAUCAGAAGAUUAUUGAAGAGGCACCUGCUGCUAUUGCUACUCCAGCAGUAUUUGAACAUAUGGAACAGUGUGCGGUGAAACUUGCCAAAAUGGUUGGUUAUGUGAGUGCUGGGACUGUGGAAUACCUGUACAGCCAGGAUGGCAGCUUCUACUUUCUUGAACUGAAUCCUCGGCUACAGGUGGAGCACCCUUGUACAGAGAUGGUAGCUGAUGUCAAUCUCCCUGCGGCACAACUCCAGAUUGCCAUGGGGAUCCCUCUGUUUAGAAUCAAGGAUAUCCGUAUGAUGUAUGGGGUAUCUCCCUGGGGUGAUGCGCCCAUUGAUUUUGAGAAUUCUGCUCAUGUUCCUUGCCCAAGGGGCCAUGUUAUUGCUGCUCGGAUCACAAGUGAAAAUCCAGAUGAGGGUUUUAAGCCCAGCUCAGGAACGGUUCAGGAACUAAAUUUUCGCAGCAAUAAAAAUGUUUGGGGUUAUUUCAGUGUUGCUGCUGCAGGGGGGCUUCAUGAAUUUGCUGAUUCUCAGUUUGGUCACUGCUUUUCCUGGGGAGAAAACAGAGAAGAAGCAAUUUCAAAUAUGGUGGUGGCUUUGAAGGAGCUAUCUAUUCGGGGUGACUUUCGAACUACAGUUGAAUAUCUGAUCAAAUUGUUAGAGACUGAAAGCUUUCAGUUGAAUAGAAUUGACACCGGUUGGCUGGAUAGACUGAUAGCAGAAAAAGUACAGGCAGAGCGACCUGACACUAUGUUGGGAGUUGUGUGUGGGGCUCUUCACGUGGCAGAUGUGAGCUUGCGGAAUAGCAUCUCUAACUUUCUUCACUCCUUAGAAAGGGGUCAAGUCCUUCCUGCUCAUACACUUCUGAACACAGUAGAUGUUGAACUUAUCUAUGAAGGAGUCAAGUAUGUACUUAAGGUGACUCGACAGUCUCCCAACUCCUAUGUGGUAAUCAUGAAUGGCUCAUGUGUGGAAGUAGAUGUGCAUCGAUUGAGUGAUGGAGGACUGCUUUUGUCCUAUGAUGGCAGUAGUUAUACCACGUACAUGAAAGAAGAAGUGGAUAGAUAUCGAAUCACAAUUGGCAAUAAAACCUGUGUGUUUGAGAAGGAAAAUGACCCAUCCGUGAUGCGCUCACCUUCUGCUGGGAAGUUAAUCCAGUACAUUGUGGAGGAUGGAGGCCAUGUGUUUGCUGGCCAGUGCUAUGCUGAGAUUGAGGUGAUGAAGAUGGUGAUGACCUUAACAGCUGCAGAAUCUGGUUGCAUUCAUUAUGUUAAGCGACCUGGAGCAGCUCUUGAUCCUGGCUGUGUAAUAGCCAAAAUGCAGUUGGACAACCCCAGCAAGGUUCAGCAGGCUGAGCUUCACACAGGUAGUCUGCCACAGAUCCAGAGCACAGCACUCAGAGGCGAGAAGCUCCAUCGAGUGUUCCACUAUGUCCUGGACAAUCUGGUCAAUGUGAUGAAUGGAUACUGCCUUCCAGAUCCUUUCUUUAGCAGCAGGGUGAAAGACUGGGUAGAGCGGUUGAUGAAGACCCUCAGAGAUCCCUCUCUGCCUCUUCUAGAAUUGCAAGAUAUCAUGACCAGUGUCUCUGGUCGUAUUCCCCUCAAUGUGGAGAAGUCUAUCAAGAAGGAAAUGGCUCAGUAUGCUAGCAACAUCACAUCAGUCCUCUGUCAGUUUCCCAGCCAGCAGAUUGCCAACAUCCUAGAUAGUCACGCAGCUACAUUGAACCGGAAAUCUGAACGGGAAGUCUUCUUUAUGAACACUCAGAGCAUUGUCCAACUAGUACAAAGGUACCGAAGUGGUAUCCGAGGCCACAUGAAGGCUGUGGUGAUGGAUCUGCUCCGGCAAUAUCUGCGAGUAGAGACACAAUUCCAGAACGGUCACUAUGACAAAUGUGUGUUCGCCCUUCGGGAAGAGAACAAAAGUGACAUGAACACUGUAUUGAACUAUAUUUUCUCUCAUGCUCAAGUCACCAAGAAGAAUCUUCUGGUCACAAUGCUUAUUGAUCAGUUGUGCGGCCGGGACCCUACUCUCACUGAUGAACUACUAAAUAUCCUCACAGAGUUAACUCAACUGAGUAAGACCACCAAUGCUAAAGUAGCACUUCGGGCACGCCAGGUUCUUAUUGCCUCCCAUUUGCCAUCAUAUGAACUUCGCCAUAACCAAGUAGAGUCUAUCUUCUUAUCAGCUAUUGACAUGUAUGGACAUCAGUUUUGCAUUGAGAACCUGCAGAAACUCAUUCUAUCUGAAACAUCUAUUUUUGAUGUCCUACCAAACUUCUUCUAUCACAGCAACCAGGUAGUGAGGAUGGCAGCUCUGGAGGUAUAUGUUCGAAGAGCUUACAUUGCCUAUGAACUUAACAGCGUCCAACACCGCCAGCUUAAGGACAAUACCUGUGUGGUGGAGUUUCAGUUCAUGCUGCCCACAUCACAUCCAAACAGAGGGAACAUCCCCACGCUAAACAGAAUGUCCUUCUCCUCCAACCUCAACCACUAUGGCAUGACUCAUGUAGCUAGUGUCAGUGAUGUGCUGUUGGACAACUCUUUCACACCACCAUGUCAGCGAAUGGGCGGAAUGGUCUCUUUUCGGACUUUUGAAGAUUUUGUCAGAAUAUUUGAUGAAGUGAUGGGCUGCUUCUGUGACUCCCCACCCCAAAGCCCCACAUUCCCAGAGGCAGGUCAUACAUCUCUAUAUGAUGAAGAUAAGGUCCCCAGGGAUGAACCAAUUCACAUUCUGAAUGUGGCUAUUAAGACUGAUGGUGAUAUUGAGGAUGACAGGCUGGCAGCGAUGUUCAGAGAGUUUACCCAACAAAAUAAAGCUACCUUGGUUGAACAUGGAAUCCGACGCCUUACUUUUCUGGUUGCACAAAAGGAUUUCAGAAAGCAGGUCAACUGUGAGGUGGAUCAGAGAUUUCAUAGAGAAUUCCCAAAGUUUUUCACAUUCCGAGCAAGGGAUAAGUUUGAGGAGGACCGAAUCUAUCGUCACCUGGAGCCUGCUCUAGCUUUCCAGUUAGAGCUGAACCGGAUGAGAAAUUUUGACCUCACUGCCAUUCCAUGUGCUAAUCACAAGAUGCACCUGUAUCUUGGGGCAGCUAAGGUAGAAGUCGGCACAGAAGUGACAGAUUACAGGUUCUUUGUUCGUGCAAUCAUAAGACAUUCUGAUCUGGUCACCAAGGAAGCUUCUUUUGAAUAUCUACAAAAUGAAGGGGAGCGUCUGCUCCUGGAAGCCAUGGAUGAGUUGGAAGUUGCUUUUAACAAUACUAAUGUUCGCACUGACUGUAACCACAUCUUCCUCAACUUUGUUCCCACAGUCAUCAUGGACCCAUCAAAGAUUGAGGAAUCUGUGCGGAGCAUGGUAAUGCGCUAUGGAAGUCGGCUGUGGAAAUUGCGCGUCCUCCAGGCAGAACUGAAAAUCAACAUUCGCCUGACACCAACUGGAAAAGCAAUUCCUAUCCGCCUCUUCCUGACAAACGAGUCUGGCUAUUACUUGGACAUCAGCCUAUACAAGGAAGUGACUGACUCCAGGACGGCACAGAUCAUGUUUCAGGCAUAUGGAGACAAACAGGGACCACUGCAUGGAAUGUUAAUCAAUACUCCAUAUGUGACCAAAGACCUGCUUCAAUCAAAGAGGUUUCAGGCGCAGUCCUUAGGAACAACAUAUAUAUAUGAUAUCCCAGAGAUGUUUCGGCAGUCCCUGAUCAAACUCUGGGAGUCCAUGUCCACUCAAGCAUUCCUCCCAUCACCUCCUCUGCCUUCAGACAUGCUGACAUAUACUGAACUGGUAUUGGAUGAUCAAGGUCAGCUGGUCCACAUGAACAGGCUUCCAGGAGGAAAUGAGAUUGGCAUGGUAGCUUGGAAAAUGACCCUUAAAAGUCCUGAAUAUCCAGAAGGCAGGGAUAUUAUUGUUAUUGGCAAUGACAUCACAUACCGAAUUGGGUCCUUUGGGCCCCAGGAGGACUUGCUGUUUCUGAGAGCUUCUGAACUUGCCAGGGCAGAGGGUAUCCCACGCAUCUAUGUAGCAGCCAAUAGUGGAGCAAGAAUUGGACUGGCAGAAGAAAUUCGUCAUAUGUUUCAUGUGGCCUGGGUAGAUCCUGAGGAUCCCUAUAAGGGAUACAAGUAUUUAUAUUUGACCCCUCAAGAUUAUAAGAGAGUCAGUGCUCUCAACUCUGUCCAUUGUGAACACGUGGAGGAUGAAGGAGAAUCCAGGUAUAAGAUAACAGAUAUUAUUGGGAAAGAAGAGGGACUUGGAGCAGAGAACCUUCGAGGUUCUGGAAUGAUUGCUGGAGAAUCUUCAUUGGCCUAUGAUGAGAUCAUCACCAUCAGCCUGGUGACAUGCCGAGCCAUUGGGAUUGGGGCUUAUCUUGUACGGCUGGGACAGAGAACCAUCCAGGUUGAGAAUUCUCACUUAAUUCUGACAGGAGCUGGUGCCCUCAACAAAGUCCUUGGACGGGAAGUAUACACCUCCAAUAACCAGCUUGGGGGCAUCCAGAUCAUGCACAACAAUGGGGUAACCCACUGUACUGUUUGUGAUGACUUUGAAGGGGUUUUCACUGUCCUGCACUGGCUGUCAUACAUGCCCAAGAGCGUUCACAGUUCGGUUCCUCUCCUGAACUCUAAGGAUCCUAUAGAUAGAAUCAUUGAGUUUGUUCCUACAAAGGCUCCAUAUGAUCCUCGAUGGAUGUUAGCAGGACGUCCUCACCCAACCCAGAAGGGUCAGUGGUUGAGUGGAUUUUUUGACUAUGGAUCUUUCUCAGAGAUUAUGCAACCCUGGGCACAGACUGUGGUGGUUGGUAGAGCCAGGCUAGGAGGAAUACCUGUGGGAGUAGUUGCCGUAGAAACCCGAACAGUAGAACUAAGUAUCCCAGCUGAUCCUGCAAACCUGGAUUCUGAAGCCAAGAUAAUCCAGCAGGCUGGCCAGGUUUGGUUCCCAGAUUCUGCAUUUAAGACCUAUCAGGCUAUCAAAGACUUCAACCGUGAAGGACUGCCCCUGAUGGUCUUUGCCAACUGGAGAGGCUUCUCUGGUGGGAUGAAAGAUAUGUAUGAUCAAGUGCUGAAGUUUGGAGCUUACAUUGUGGACAGCUUGCGGGAGUGCUCCCAACCUGUGUUGGUUUACAUUCCUCCUCAGGCCGAGUUGCGGGGUGGCUCUUGGGUUGUGAUCGACCCCACCAUCAACCCCCGGCACAUGGAGAUGUAUGCUGACCGAGAAAGCAGGGGAUCGGUUUUGGAGCCAGAAGGGACGGUAGAAAUCAAAUUCCGCAAAAAGGAUCUGGUGAAAACCAUGCGUAGGGUGGACCCAGUCUACAUAAGCUUGGCUGAGCGAUUGGGCACCCCAGAGCUAAGCCCAGCUGAGCGGAAGGAGCUGGAAAACAAGCUGAAGGAGCGGGAGGAAUUCCUGAUUCCCAUUUACCAUCAGGUAGCUGUGCAGUUUGCCGACUUGCACGACACACCAGGCCGGAUGCAGGAGAAGGGUGUCAUUAACGACAUCCUGGAUUGGAAAACAUCCCGAACCUUCUUCUACUGGCGGCUGAGACGUCUCCUGCUGGAGGACCUGGUCAAAAAGAAAAUCCACAAUGCCAACCCCGAGCUAACUGAUGGUCAGAUCCAGGCCAUGUUAAGGCGUUGGUUUGUGGAAGUGGAAGGAACAGUGAAGGCCUAUGUGUGGGACAAUAAUAAGGAUCUGGUGGAGUGGCUGGAGAAACAGCUGACAGAAGAAGACGGUGUUCGUUCUGUGAUAGAGGAAAACAUCAAAUACAUCAGCAGAGACUACGUGCUCAAGCAGAUCCGCAGCUUGGUACAGGCCAAUCCCGAGGUUGCCAUGGAUUCCAUCGUCCACAUGACCCAGCACAUCUCACCCACUCAGCGAGCAGAAGUCGUUCGAAUCCUCUCCACGAUGGAUUCCCCUUCCACGUAGGAAGAGCUUCCUGCUCAUCCCUGCCCUGUCUCUGGAGAAAAGGGCUACAGCUGCCUCUUACAACAGACACCACUGCAAUGAGAAGGCAUAGGAGACCCAGCACUGGAGUCAAAGUGGCAUUUUGCUUCCCCUUGAAUGUUUCAGGUUAUGCAUGACAUCUGGGAUGUAGGAUCACAAAGCCCCGGUCACACCUACCCCACCGUUCAGUAUUUAUUACCCCAGCUGUGUCCACAGUCCUCUCUCCUUGCAUAGGACUGAGAGCAAUGAAGGGUACGAGCAGUACCAUGAGCUGUUACUACACUGCCCUGACACCCCUUGGCCCCGGCACGGGGUGUGUGAGGACUUUUCAGGCAGUCAGCAGCCCCCCAGGCCCCAUGAGCCUCAGCCACAGGCAGCAGAGGAGGGCUGGGGCCCAGGAGAGGAGGAAACCUCAAGUCCAUCGUUUAUUAUCCCACAUUCUGCCCAGCGCACACUAGGCACUGGAGAGGAACCAGUCCCCAUUUACUACACCGAGAUUUCUGCUCACGGAGAAAGACCGGCGCAUGAAAUUUGCUGCAAGCUCUAUGAGACCUCAGAGAUGAAGGGAAACCCGAUUCAAGAAGCAAAAGAAGAUAGACCAGGUUGUAUUCUUAACUUAGGGGCCUCGACCUUAGGUCAAGUUCUUUCUGUGCAUGUGGAAGGUGGCUGACCUGCCACCACUGCUCACAGCUGCUGCACUAGGAGCUGCCAGGUCAGGGCGUGAAGGCCCAGCCUCUGCCCUCUGUAAACUCAUGCUGCAGGAAGAGCGGCCAAGAAGGGAGACAUUGCUCUCCUUAGGACUUGAAAGGCUGUCACUGUUAAGCCUGGAGCUUGGACAGUUGCAAGAAGCUUACGGCGCCCGUAGCACCGUUCAUCCCUACUUCUGGGGCAUCUCUCCUAGCAGCCGACAUUCCUGUUCCUCCUGGGCUGCUUCUCUUUCCCUGAAUGUACGCAGGCAGCAGGCCUCCCCACAGCUGCCGGGAGGAUCCUGGGCAGCUGUGCUCCCAGCGCCAGGCACUGACCUUCCUGGUGUUUGAAGGCUUCCAGGGAACAAACUCCACAUGACCUUAAGCUCCCUCACAACUCAGUCAUGGUGCUGCUGUCCCCCAGGCUUUCUGGUCCCUCCCCGGCCAGCAGCAGGGGCCUCCACAGGGGUGGUGGAGAGAGCAUAUUUUCAACAACCAGUUUAUCCAAGAAAAGAGCUUACUGAUUCCCCCAUUGGUUUUCCUAAAGCAAGAGUGGCAGGUGAUCAGGGCUGGGGUGGCAUCAGUUCCUACAGCGCAGCUAAUUGCAUUUGUCACUGACGACCAAGGAGGAAAUCACUAAGAUGCAGUAGAAGCAGGGGUAUGAAUACUUCUGUACAAGCUACAGUUUUGAGCCUUAACCCUGUUAUUCACACACAAGAAAGAGCUCCGCCUCCCCUUCUUCACCUUGUGCAGACAGGGCGGCGGAGCGUGGCGGCUCUAGACUGCAGAGGAACACCACCGGGCUGCACUCGCAGCUGGCCCCUCCAAGGGUCGGGGCCUCCAGCUGCCCUGGCAGAAGGUGCAGGCGUUUGGCACUUUCAAAGAAGGGCAGAAGAGAGUGGGCAGCAAUUCCCAGUCCAGGAAGCAGCCUGUACUGUCGCUAGUUAUUUGCACACCUAGUAGGUAAGAACUGGAUUCGUGUCUGACCAGAUUAUUCCUCUGCACUUUUCUGCAAUAAAUCAAAGCCCACAUGCCCACAGGUGAUAGAAAAUCAUUUACUCCCCUGGAGGCCUGUCCUGUCAGAGGUGGGGCGGGUUGUGCUCAUUGAGCUCCCCUUUCCCUGCCAGAUUAUGACACAUUCAAAUGAACACGUUUCCUCUCCAGAACUCUGUAGUGCCUACCCCCCAUCCCCAGGACAGGGAUCUUUCAUUUGGAGAAGUUGGGAAGAGCUACAGAACAUGAGCAAUCUGAUAUUCCCACAGCCCAUUACACAUGCGCGGUUACUGAGGCAGGAGGAUAAAUGAUGUAUUGACCAGGACUCGCUGGAACCGGGCUUGCUGCAUUAUCUGUUCACUGUUCACAAUGCAGCCUGCUCCCAUCUCGGCGAGAAGUCGAUGGACACGUCGCCAACGCGCAAGGAGCUUCAGUCAGAUGAACUCUUUUCACAUUUUGUUGAAAUAAACCUUCAACAUUUGUAGAAGAGCCAUGGUUUGUCAUUUCAAUCCACGCCCAGCUGCUCAUCUGUACCACCACCAGCAGGGUUGUAAUGGGGCUCAGUGGUGGGUGCGACACCCAACACCCUUUGUCUCCUGAACUUACACAAGGGUGAACCGGAGGCCACAAAAAGCUGGCCUUGCCACCUGUCUCUGGCUGAAUCAAGGUAACACCACAGCCAACACCCACAGCUGAGCUUGGGCUCUUUAGUUUCUGUAGCAUUUUCCACAGAAAAUGCUGCCUGCUGAGAGCUGGUCAGGGGUCUUGGUGGGGUGUCCCCCAAAAGAGAAUAAGCUUAGGACAGGGAAGAAGGAUUGGCCUGUACAGUGAAGAUAACAGCUCCACAGCCCCACCUCAGCCCCAAGAAAAGCCACCUAAGUGGCCAGAGCCCAGUCCUUGGAAGUCCCCGUCCUAGCAGCAGGAAGUUGGACCUUCUGAAAUGCUCUCUGUUGUAAAGUCUGGGGUACCUGGCCCUUGUUAGAGGCGUGUAAGGAGAGAUUUUAAGUUUUCUUAAUACUCGAGAACUUAGUGGAUUUUGAAGUCUAGGCGCUUAGGGCAGUGGGGGCAGGAAACACGACUGCCUGGGCCUUCUGUGUUGGCUCCUCCCUCUGUAAGCCCUCGAGUCCUUGCAGGAACAUCUGCAAAGACGGUACAGGCCACAAGAAAGCUGGGGGAAUCGCUGGCCUUGGCUGAUUGAUUAUUAACCUCAGUGCCAUGUUUGUCUCUUAUCUUUGGGGUGUGUAGCAAAGCAGAGGAUGACUUCUGUCAAGAUGAAAUAAAAUUUCAAAAGUAGGUUGAAUCACUCUAAACCAGAUAUUCUUAAAAAGAGAUACAGGGGGACAUUGUUUCUCUGCCUCCGGCUGCUGCACUCAGUGGACAGGGCGGCAAUCCUGGCCAGCAGAGAGGCCUGGGCCUCCUCCCUCAGCCAGGUGAGAACCAGACCAAGCCCCAGGCCUGGGCUCUUAGUAACUUGGUUGACGGACAGGGGCAGUGCUUUCUUCUGCUAGGAAGUGACACUUUACCAGUUUUUUCCUUUCCUUUGCUUUUGGUUUUGGUUUGCAUCUGGGAUUAAACCCAACAGCACUUCACCACUGACCCACAACCCCGGCCCUCAGCUACUUUCAGUAUUCCAGAAACCCUGUAUGUGUCUCAGGUGACAAAAGCUCACCAGGCUUCUGUCUUCAUGUCAGCCAGAGUUUCACUAACCUGGAAGUGGACUGGCUCCUCACAAUGGCCAGAAGCCGCUCCAGUGGGCAGCUAGUAAGAAUGGCCACAGCACCUCUCCAUAAACACAGCAUAUGGGUGAGCAACACCUUCCAAAAGAGGGUUCCCUGUGGCUGGAUAAUGGAGCCUCUGCCCCAGGAGGACUUGGGACCACACAGGGGGCUCAGCCCAUGAGGAGCCAUAAGGAGAUAGGACAACCUAGGACGACCCAGGACUACCCUAGCUCAGAGGGGACUGAAUGAGUCCCAAGCAUCCUGACUCCAUGAUUGUUCUGGAGUAAGCAGGAUCAACUGCAGGUGAGGAGAGAUGGAAACCAUUGUAAAAGUCUGGGCCUUGAGUCAGGAGGAACCAAGUACAGUCUUGCCCAUACUAACAGGUCCUUUCACAGUCGCUUCAAAGAGCAGACCUCAGAAUUAAGUCUGAGCUGGGCUCUCCUACCUCUUGCUCUGGUCCCUCACUUGUCCAAGGGAAAGUUCCUGACUCUUCCUCUGUGA